AUGGGCUGUCGUACGGGCUCCGUCCUCGCGAGCAAGCUCGUCCAGGCGACCAACUGGAGCGUUUUGCUCUUGGAAGCCGGCGACGCGUCCCAGCGCGAGCUCGGCGGCGAGUCGUUUAUCUCGUUCGAGGGAAAAGACAUGCCGUACACGCCGUUUGAUGUGCCGUACUACUGGAGCGACGUCUCGCGCAUGGCGAGCUUCCACUGGGACGUGCCCGGCGUGUUUGUCGCCAAGGCGCUCGGCGGCUGCGGCAUCCACAACGCCAUGCUUUAUGUGCGUGCGCUACCCAGCGACAUUGCUGCGUGGGGCCUCGCGCCGACGUGGACAUGGGCGACCGCGCUCGCCAUCUACUUGGCGACCGAGGCCUUUGACGGACCACGUGUGGCGCACCACGGCUACGAUGGCAUUGUCCAAACCAGCGCGCCGGCGCAGAUUGACGGUCUCUCGAACCAAUUCCUCGCCGCCUGUGCCCAACGAGGCAUCCCAGCGUCGAGCGACUUUAACGCACCUGACCAGCGUCUUGGCGCCGGCAUCUACCACUUCAACAUUCGCCACGGCAUGCGCGAAAGUGCGGCCAAGGCGUUCCUGGGGCCGUUUAUCAACAAGAAGCUCGACGCGGCGACGCGCGCGCGUCUGCAUGUGCGUCUCAACACGACCGUCGAGCGGGUCUCGCUGCAGGACGGAGUCGCCCGCGGCGUCCACGUCCGCGCCGCCCAUGACGAGCUCCAAUUCAUUGCGAGCAAGCGCGGCGUCGUGCUCACGGCCGGCGCGAUCCACACCCCCAAGCUCCUCACGCUAUCAGGGCUUGCGGCCAAAGAGGUGUUGCGCGACCUUGGUAUUCCCGUGGCGGUCGAUUUGCCGCUCGUGGGUAGAAACCUCCAAGACCACCCUGCGAUCGCCAUGACGUAUACGGCGAGCCAUCCGCUCAACAUCAACAUGACGAUGGCGUGGGACGACUACUUGACGCGGCGAGGCGGCUGGCUGAGCACGACGGGGCUCUCGCUGACGUUUUUCCCACGCAAGUCGGAGCCGCAGUGGGCCACGACGCCGGGCGACGAAGUCCUUUUCACGAUCGCACUCUUGACGCCCGAAGCGCGCAACCAGGUUGUGGUCACGUCGCGCAACGCGUCCGUAGCCUGCCACGUCACGAGCGAGAUCCCCGAGGCGGCGAGCGAGCACCUGAGCGAGACCGACGCGCGCAAGCUGCUCUUUGGCAUUGCCAUUGUCCGCGACUUGGUGCAAGCCCCGGCAUUGGCGCCGCUGCUUGGGGGCGAAAGCAUGCCGGGCGCCGCCAUUGCCUCGGACGACGCGCUCUUGGCGUGGGUCUUUGCCAACGUGUACCGCAACUCGCAUUGGGUCGGGAGCGCCAAAAUGGGGUCGAGCCCAAUUGACAGCGUUGUUUCGCCGUCGCUCCGUGUCUGGAACACGACCAACCUCUUUGUUGCUGACGCGUCCGUGAUUCCCGUGAUUCCCAAUGGCAACGUCCAUUCGACCGUCGUCAUGGUGGCGACCCAUGCCGCAACGCUCGUGGCCGCGGCCUUGGCCGACCAGGCGACCGUUGCCUAG